AAAAUGACAAUUAUAGUCCAGAAACAAUGAAAUUUUGGAAGGUUUGCUGUAGACAAUUCCAUGGGAAGUUUCUACGAUUCAUGACAGGUGACAGGGAGUCCCACCACAUAAAUUUUGCCGUUCCGACUGAAAAAAACAUCAGAAACUUUAAUGGCCUUGAUCUUAUAAUCCCUAGAGAACUGAAGCCAGGAAUAAUCAAGGAAGCGUUUCCAAUGCUGGAGAAUGAUAAAAAGUAUGUCAUUAGCGUUGAUGGGAAAAAGACUGCAUCAGGACGUACAAAAAAGGGUGGGGACAUUGAUUUGUUUGGUCACGAACCAAAUGGCGACUCUCUCGCGAAAAAAGGAUUCAAUACAUAUUUACACAAUUCAAUUUGUUGCACCAUGCAUCAAAUAGUGUUAGUUUGAAAUAAAGUAGUAAAAUAGGCAAGUUCGGCACUUCAAUGGAGACUAGACAGGGGCCACCUGGGUGUCUUUUAGUAGGACCCCAAUAGAACAAAACCAUUUUCAUGAGAUUUUUGAACUCAACUCUAUAUGAUGAAGUCGAAUCAUUGCAUCAUACUUUUACAAAAGCAUAUAGACAAGAACAAAAAUAAAAUAUGAAUAUGUACAUUUCCACUGGUUGUCAACUAUCAACCCAAUUUUAGUUUUUGAUUUAUUUCAACCUUUUCAAUCUCUACCUUUUCAACUUACUUACGUACUCCCAUGAAAUCACAUAGGCCUGCAUUACUGAGAAGUCAUCAAUAAUAUGCACGCAGUUUGGAAGAGUAU